CGGAUGGAUAUUCCCAAAGUCCCCAAAUGCAUACAUAGUUUGCCCCUGGUUUGGGUUCUCCGGUAUCACAGUGCGUGUUCCUGCUUUCGGACCCCAGUUUUCCCGUACCCCAUCCCGUGUUCCUGCUGUGAGACCACUGAUUUCCCACCCCGUCCGCUCUUCUCCUCGCCCUCCUCUUCCUCUACUUGCUUGUAAAUAAGAACCUCGCUCGACUCCCCGCAUCCCUCCCACAUCACAACCGGCGAGCGACACCUCUAACAAACAAACAAGCAAACACCUUCUCUGCUCCCACCGCAACUACCGGCAAAUGCAGGACGGACUGGACAACCGCGGCCGAGCCGGGCGGCGGAGCCCCGGGACACUGGGACGGCACCUGGCCCGCCGGCUGGUGCAGGUCGGCGUCCGGGACGUGUUCGCCGUCCCCGGCGACUUCAACCUCACGCUGCUCGACCACCUCAUAGCUGAGCCCCAGCUCAACCUGGUGGGCUGCUGCAACGAGCUCAACGCCGGCUACGCCGCCGACGGCUACGCCCGCGCCAGCGGCGUCGGCGCCUGCGUCGUCACGUUUACCGUCGGCGGCCUCAGCGUCAUCAACGCCAUCGCCGGAUCCUACAGCGAGAACCUUCCCAUCAUCUGCAUCGUGGGCGGGCCCAACUCCAACGACUACGGCACCAACCGCAUCCUCCACCACACCAUCGGGCUCCCCGACUUCUCCCAGGAGCUCCGCUGCUUCCAGACCGUCACUUGCCACCAGGCGGUGGUCAACCAUAUGGAUGAUGCUCACGAAAUGAUCGAUACCGCGAUCUCGACAGCUUUGAAGGAGAGCAAGCCAGUGUAUAUCAGCAUCAGCUGCAACUUGCCUGGGAUACCGCACCCUACCUUCGUGAAUGAGCCGAUUCCUUACUUUCUCACGCCCAAGGUGAGCAAUCAAUUGGGACUAGAGGCUGCUGUGGAGGCAACGGCACAAUUUUUGAACAAGGCUGUGAAGCCAGUUUUAGUUGCAGGUCCAAAACUGAGGGUGGCAAAAGCCCAUCAGGCCUUCAUGGAGCUAGCAGAUGCAUGCGGGUAUCCAAUAGCUAUUAUGCCGUCAGCUAAAGGGAUGGUACCCGAGCACCAUCCUCAUUUCAUUGGUACUUAUUGGGGUGCAGUUAGCACCAACUACUGUGGUGAGAUUGUGGAAUCAGCUGAUGCAUACAUCUUUGUUGGCCCGAUAUUUAAUGAUUAUAGCUCCGUGGGCUACUCAUUACUGAUUAAGAAAGAAAAAGCAGUGUUUGCACAACCCAACCGAGUUGCUAUUGGUAACGGCCCUUCCUUUGGUUGGGUUUUCAUGGCGGAUUUCUUGACUGCACUAUCUCGGAAGCUCAAGAAGAACACUACUGCCUUGGAAAACUACCACCGGAUCUAUGUCCCACCCAGUAGGCCUCUCAAACGAGAGAAUGAUGAACCUUUAAGGGUCAAUAUACUUUUUAAGCACAUUCAGGAUAUGCUGAGUGGAGAGACAACUGUUAUUGCAGAGACUGGCGAUUCAUGGUUCAAUUGCCAAAAGCUUCGCUUGCCAGAGAACUGUGGGUAUGAGUUCCAAAUGCAGUAUGGAUCUAUUGGAUGGUCAGUUGGUGCCACUCUUGGAUAUGCUCAGGCUGCUAAGGAAAGGCGUGUUAUUGCUUGCAUAGGGGAUGGAAGUUUCCAGGUUACAGCUCAAGAUGUAUCAACAAUGAUCCGGCAUGGGCAGCGAAGCAUUAUAUUUCUCAUCAAUAACGGUGGAUAUACCAUUGAAGUAGAGAUCCAUGAUGGGCCUUACAAUGUGAUUAAGAACUGGAACUACACUGGAUUUGUCGACGCCAUUAACAAUGGGGAAGGCAAAUGUUGGACUUGCAAGGUGAGGACCGAGGAAGAAUUAGAAGAGGCCGUCGCCAAAGCCACAGGAGAAAUGAAGGAUAGCUUAUGCUUCCUUGAGGUAAUCGUGCACAAAGAUGAUACGAGUAAGGAGCUACUGGAAUGGGGAUCGAGGGUCUCGUCCGCCAACAGUCGCCCACCUAACCCACAGUAGAGAAAUUUGUAUGAAACAACGAUAAGAGUCAUGACUGACAAGUACUAUGCUGAUAUCCCAAUGUCGUAAUAAGGAAAACCAAAUAAAUUAUCUGUUGCAAUUGGAAAGUAGCAUUCCAUUUCGU